UUACUGCCUGAAAACAGUUAUUAGCUGCCUGCUAUUGCUUUUAGGAACGGGAUGUUCUAAGGAACUAUUUUUCCACAAUUAACUGUGCUCAUAGAUGAAUUAAACCUAAUAUAUAUUUUCAAACAAAAGCUCCCUCGAUGGCGGACGUGGUGGAAAAUAAAUAUUUGGUGGCAAGGCCCAUUUACUCUGAGGAUUCCUUCAGUUCUGAUCAUGAAAUAGUGGAGAGACGUCAUAAAACACUACUAGAUCAUUUGAAGAGGAUAUGCACGUGUUCUCCUCAGAAAGCAAAGAAGGUUGCUUUAAGUUUUUUACCUGUUUUGACUUGGCUUCCUGCUUACCGAUUUAAGGAAUGGCUCCUAAGUGAUAUUAUUUCUGGCGUCACCACAGGACUUGUGGCCGUGCUUCAAGGUUUAGCAUAUGCACUGCUUGCAAAUGUAGCACCAGGAUAUGGACUGUAUACAUCAUUUUUCCCAGUAGUGGUCUAUUUCUUCUUUGGCUCUUCCAGACAUGUAUCAGCAGGUCCUUUUCCAGUUGUGAGUCUUAUGGUGGGCUCAGUUGUGGCCAGUGUUGUCCCUGGUGACACCACAAGCUUUUCAAAUUCUACCAAUGGCACUAAUGAAGCAUUGAUAGAGCAACAAAGAAUGAUCGUAGCAUCAUCUUUAUGCUUUCUUGUUGGCAUUAUACAGUUGGCUUUAGGACUUCUGCAAGUUGGUUUUAUAGUCAUAUAUUUGUCAGACCCAUUAAUUAAUGGAUUCACGACUGCUGCUGCUAUUGAAGUGGUGGUGUCACAACUUAAAUAUAUGUUUGGAAUUAAAAUUCCUUCAUUUAGUGGACCACUAUCUAUAUUUUAUUCUCUAGAGAGCAUAUUUUCUCAGAUAACCUCAACCAAUAUUCCCGAUCUUAUUAUAGGCAUUAUAAUAAUGGUUCUUGUUUACAUUGUGAAAGAACUUAAUGUGAAAUAUAAGGCAAAACUGCCUGUUCCAAUUCCUAUUGAAAUAAUACUGACAAUCAUUACAGCUGGUCUGUCCUAUGGAUUUAAUUUUAAAGACAGAUUCCAAGUAACAACUGUAGGUGCAAUACAAAAAGGAUACCAGCCUCCUUUGGCCCCAAGUAUAGAAGUAUUUCAAACCACAAUAGCUAAUGCUUUUUCUAUUGCUAUUGUUGGGUUUGCGGUUGCAUUCUCUGUUGCCAAAGUAUAUGCCAUCAAGCACAACUAUAAUGUAGAUGGAAACCAGGAGCUAAUAGCUUUUGGGCUAAGCAACAUUGUGUGUGGCUCAUUUAGAGGAUUUGCUGCAAGCACAUCAUUAUCUAGGUCAUCAGUACAAGAAAGCACAGGAGGAAAAACUCAGGUUGCUGGAAUUAUAUCAGGAAUAAUUGUUUUGAUAGUUACAUUGGCUGUUGGAUAUCUUCUAGAGCCAUUGCCAAAGUCUGUCCUGGCAGGCGUAAUUAUUAUCAAUUUAAAAGGAAUGCUAAUGAAGUUUAAUGAAAUUCCCGUGUUGUUCAAGAGAGAUAAGUUUGACUGUCUUGUAUGGAUUUUAACCUUUAUAGCAGCUCUGCUUCUUGGGUUGGAUCUCGGACUGGCAGUUGGUGUUGGAAUAGAACUUCUAACCGUGGUAUUCCGUGUACAAUUCCCCAAAUAUUCAGUGAUUGCCAACGUUGGUAGAACAGACAUCUACAGAAACAAAAAAGACUACAGUGAGAUUUAUGAACCAGAAGGGGUAAAAAUUUUCAGAUCUCCAGCUCCUCUCUUUUUUGCUAAUGCAGAUUUCUUUAGAGAUAAAAUCAUUGCUGCAACUGGCUUUAACCCACUGUGGGUAUUACGUAAACGCAAUAAGGCUUUAAGAAAAAUCAAGAAGUUACUGAAGAAAGGAGAGCUUCAAGUGACACCAAAAGGUUUGGUCACUGUAUCUCCUGAUUGCAAAGACAUUGAGGAUGAGGAACUAGAUAAUAAUAAGGUGGAAGAGCUGGACCAGCCUACAUACACUGCAGAUUUACCCGCGGAUAUCGAUUGGAAUGCAGAUCUUCCAAUGGACAUUGUAGUACCCAAAGUUAACAUCCACAGUCUAAUUCUUGAUUUUGGAGCAGUAUCAUUUAUUGAUUUGUCUGGAAUGAAGGUUCUAAAAGGAACACUAAAAGAUUUUCUGAAGAUUGACGUAGAUGUGUACAUUGUUGGUGCUGACUGUGGAGUUUUAGAAAAGUUGACAAUGAGUAAUUUUUUUGAUAAUGAGGUAAAAACAUCAAUGUUUUUUCUGACUGUCCAUGAUGCGGUUUUACACGUGCUGGAAAAGAAAGGACUAAAAGGAACAUUGAUAAAUGGGACGCUGAAGGAGUCAGAAAAUAUUUUAUAUACAUCUGAAGCAUCAAACGGAACACUGAGGGAACGACCAGUGGCAAAUGAAACAAAGUUCUAAGGAUGUUUUAUCAUGAAAAUCACUGGCAGUGGCUGUUUGUUGACAUUCCAAACAUGUAUAGACAUUGAAUCCAAGAAAAGCACUAUUCAAGCUCCUGCCUCCAGCCUCUUCUCCAUGGAUCAAACUUUUUCUUACUUUCUGCUGUCUUUUAUGCAUUCUUGUGAAGUUUUUUAUGAAAAUAGGCCGUAGCAUAAAAGGGAAGAGGUAAAUUUCAUUAGACACCACAGAGCAAAACCUAAAGGUCCCCCUAUUUAUAAGAAUUACAUACCCUUCUUUUUAAUAAACGCUCAUUAAAAUAUAAUUUUUCUGCAA